GUUAAUGUCACAUAAUUUUGAUGAUAAUAGUGUUAACAUUCUUUUGAAGGAGAUAGAUGCUCUCAUAAAUAGAAUGGGAGAUUAGAAUGAUAGUCAUAAAAGUGAUAAUUCUUUUAAAGAUUCAUUAAGAUAGACAGGUAGAUUUAAAGUUGAGAAUGAAUAGCCAUGUGAAGUACCUAAGAAAUUUAGCAUGUCUAUUUCAAAAAAAUAAAAUAAUUCUUAAUAAAAGAGAGUUACAAUUGUUUCUUAGAAGAAAUCAUCUUCAUCUUCAUCUUCAUCAUCUGAUUAGUAGUAUUAAGUGAAUAAAAGAAAACCUAAAUAUGAUUAAUAGAAGCAACAAUCUAAAUAUAGUCCAGUAAAAGCAAAAUGGGCUGGAUCGUAAUGCUCUUACAGAUCUAAAGUUAAAUAAGAUCUUAGAUGUGAAACUCAAUCAUAAUUAUCAUAAGUGAAAAAUUAAAUAGUUGUGUAACCUGUAAAAGAUGUAUUUUGUUUAAUUUGUGAAGAAUUUAUUCCCAUAGAUAUAGUUAAUUUUCAUAUGAAUGAUUGUAAAUAAAUCUCUAAUGGGAAUUGUGAAGAUUCUAUACUAUAAUUAAAAUUAGAAAAUUAUAAGAAACUAUUAAGUUUAAGAUUUGAAGCAAGUUCUGAUGAUAAUGUUAAACAAUUGAUUGAAUUAUUGUAUAAUUGUACUUAACAGAUUCUUGAUGUAACAGAUCAAUAUUAGUUAUCUCAAAUAAUAGAAGAUUUAUACAUUUUGAAAACUCAAUUAAAUUAAAAUAGUAAAUAAGAAUCUUAUACUAAGUCUAGCCAAAGCUUAUCAUGUGUUGACAGUAGCAUAAAAAAUAUAAGAAAUUGCAAAUAGAAAGAUGUAAGUAAUGGUUUCAUAAAAAGAGAAACUAUUAGUAGCUAAAGAACCAUCAACAAUUUUACAUCAGAAUAAAAUUAGUUUCUAAUAAUAAGAAUAAUUAAUUGAGUAAGAUUAAAUAAUUAAUAUUUUGUUUAGACGUUAAACAGUUAUAAGUUAUGCUACUAAUACUACUGCUAGAAAAAGAUUAUUUGAAUCACCAUCAUUUUAAAAUAUGCCUAAAUAAUUAGUCAAAAUCUCAAAUUUAAAUAUGAAACCUAUUUAACAAGUUUAAAUUUAGAAUAAAUCACCUGUUAAAUAAGAAAUUAACAAUUAUAAAAAUGGAAUUGAAUUUGGUAAUAAUUAUGAUUCUUCCAAAAAGAGAUCUUUUAUCUAAUUAUCUAAUUCAAAGAAUUUAUCUAAACUUCAUACAGAAUAACAUCAUUAAGAGAAUAUAAUCAGAGAGUCUGAACCUACUGUUAUCUCUAAAAUUUAAUCAUAUAUUUCAAAUGUAAAAGGCAAAUUCUCUAAUGAAAAUGAAUUAAUAAAAAAGAAGUUCUUCCUUUAAGCAUGCAAAUGUAAAGAUAAAUUUCCUGUAAAUCAUCCUUCUUAAAAUGUACUAAUAUCUGAAAUGUUUAAUCAAUGUUAAAGAUAAUAAAUUCCAGAAAAUGAAUGGGAAAUCUGGAUUUGUAAUGUUCUUGAAAAUGCUUGA